AGCGAAUCCCAACCUAAGUCCUAAAGAAAAGGGAGAACAGACAACGUCACCCUGUCGUUUUCUCCAGCCGUGUGACAGAGCAAAGGUCCCUCAGUUUGCUCUAUUGAAAGAGCGACCGCCUUCUUUUUUUUUUUUGCUGCGUGGCAGAGGAAAGAGUUGCACAGAGUAAUAAAAGCCUGGACCUCCGUUUGACGCAGCUCCCCCGGGAACGGACAUACUGGUAACGCCUCUGUCUCCGCACCGCACCCGCAUCAUCUGUCGUCGCUGUCUUGAGCACGCAGAAGCUUGCCCAGACCGAAAACACAGCCAUACGGGCACUGGAUCGACGCUUGGCAAGAAGACUCUUACUCCCUCUCACACCCGCCUUUCGAAAGUCGCCGCCCUCUGCGCUUGUCCUGUGCAAGCUCGACCCAUCCGCCAUAUUCCCCGAAGCCGUGCGGAGGAGGCUUUCGCACACGAUUUCGUAGUUUCCCUUUUCCCCUCCCAUUGCUGGCGCCUGCGGGCGCACCAGCAGCGAUGUCCAAUCCAGGCCUGCCUCCGUACCGUCGGACAUCGUACGCCUCCAUCGUGCAGGGCGGCUCCUCCUCCGGCAACGCUUCCGCGCAAGGCCACCCUUCGUCAUCGUCACCUCUGUCUUCACGUCCACCCAUUUCCUACCCGGGCGCGUCGUACCCUCCUUCUGCAUUCCUGGCCACCGGGCGCGCUCUGUACGGUCACAAUCCAACGCGAAGAGCUGGACCUAUACCUGGCAUGGAUGUAGACACGCUGGCGAGCUCCUGGGGCCGUUCACAGGGCUUGCACGCCGCGGUCGGCUCUCUGUCUGAUGACCUACGUCUCCCGCCCUUCUUUGUACCAUCAUACCUAUGCCGAACACGUCAGGCGAGGCGGCUGGCAGAGGCUCAUGCGGCGCGGGUUGCGGCUGCGCAAAGGGAUGGCAGCGGUGGUACCGCUGCCGGCAAUGCCAACGCUAGGUCGGCACAUUCGUCCAAUGCUGGCUCGCUGUCGACUAGCUCGAGCAGCGUCAAUGUGCACAAGAUGGUACCCAGUCACCGAGGCAUGACGCACGACAUCAUUGAGCGCGCCCCACCUUCGUCCGUGGGCUCUGGAGACGACGCACCCGCCCCGCUGCCGACGAGGUGGCAAGUCGGUCAGGAUGUCACUGGGAUAGAGCUCUCAAACGGCGCGACGGAGGCACGGUAUACUGGCCAGACCAAACAGCCUGACGAGGCUGCGGGCGUUAGAGGUGACGUACCCAUCCCCCGCGAAUGUGGCAUUUUCUACUACGAGGUCACCGUGGGCACAAAGCAGAAAGAAAACGCCGUGCAGAUCAGUGUGGGCUUCUCCGGGCACAAGGUCACCGCAAGACGCAUGCCCGGCUGGGAGCCGGACUCAUAUGGUUACGCGGCAGAUGACGGCUGCCUGCUGCUGGGCAACUCGAACAGCCCGAAAAAGUACGGGCCUCCGUAUGGCAACGGCGACGUCAUUGGCUGCGGUAUCAACUUCAACAAGAACCAUAUAUUCUUCACCAAAAAUGGUAACCAUUUGGGUAUAGCAGUAACGAACAUAAGGCACGACCGCAUGUAUCCUGCCGUCGGCCUGAAACGCGCAGACGACAACGUGCGCGUUAACUUCGGACAGUCACAGUUCGUCUUCGACAUUGAUUCCUUGGUCGAGACUGAGCGCGAGGAAGUCAGAGCAGAAAUGAUGGCCGCUCCUGUGGACCAGCUGGCGCGGCCAAUGUCCGAACCAGAGUUCAUCCACAAGCUCAUCGCACAGUAUCUCGCCCACGACGGGUACAUAGAGACGGCGCGUGCGUUUGCAGCCGAGGUCCGGCAGGAGCAUUUGAACCUAGUGGCUGGCAGGAGUGACCCUGUGAAUAUUCAAGACCUCGAACCGCAAGAAGACGUUGAUGCCAUUCACAGACAGAAGAUACGCUCGGCGAUCCUUGAUGGCGAUAUCGAUCGUGCGCUUAAAUACACAACUGUUUACUAUCCAGACGUUCUACGGGACAAUGAAAACAUUUACUUCAAGCUCAAGUGUCGAAAGUUCAUCGAAAUGAUCCGCAGGUGCACAGAGCUAUCCGACAGUGACUCAUCACCUCUUGUGAGCUCUGGCCUAAAGUUUAGUUCGGGCGACGACGACUACAACGGCGUCUUCGGUCACCAGAUGGAGCUCGACGACCAAGCUCACGCGAACGGCAGCGUUCGCUCUCAGUGGGACGACAUGGAGAUGUCCGCGGAUGACCUAGGCCAGCAACCGCAGACGUAUGCAGACAUGAUCUCCAGGACACUGCAGUACGGCUCAGAGCUGAAGGCCGAGUUUGACGGUGAUCUCCGUCGAGAGGUGAAGAAAAGUUUGGAGGAGACGCUCGCGCUAAUCGGAUAUGAGGAUCCACGUCAGAGCCCUCUAAGACAUCUGUUAGAUGAGAGAGAGCGCGGCCCCGUCGCCGAGGAAUUGAAUAGGGCAAUACUAGUGAGUCUGGGAAAGAGCUCCUCGAGCGCCAUCGAGAAGAUGUUCGCACAGACGGACGCCCUGCUAGACAUUAUCGGCAAGGAUGGCGGGCCCGGAGCCUUGAUUGAGUUGAGGAGUUUUCCGGAAGAGGAGGCCAGUCUGUGAUUAUGGUUAUGCACAGCGCAUAUGUCCAUCGGGCGCGAGACGGUAAGGGAGGGAUGGAGGCAAAUCUCUGCUUUAUCAUUAAACUGCAUUGGGGAGUUUUUCUUUCUCUAUUUCGCUUUGCGGACAUAUAGACCGAGUAUCAAGUCAGCAAGGUACUUUCCCUUGGGCUUGGGUAAGCAAGCGCCCGCAGGCCCCCGGUGACGGUUGAUGUGAGCGCGUUGGACCGCAACAUCGCGGUCGACCUUCAAUAGCUGGUGUUUCAUGUAGUAAUCAGCUGCUGUACACAUAUUCUGCAUACGUGCAUUGGAAAGUGGCACAACGUCACCUCCAAGCAAUCAGCCUUUGAUCAAAC